GAAAUUAUUCCGUGAUGUGUCGAGAGAUAAAGAAUCGUCCGCAUGUAAUCGUACACAAUCUACACAGACACUCUGUACACUGACGCCCAAAUUACUCGACGAUAUUUCCAAGAACAUAUACGUAGUAUGUAAAAGCACGUUCAUGGAUAUGGAUUGAAGGUCGACUCUUCUGUUUGUUGGGAACAAAAUUUUACCCGCUUGCUCCGGCGAUGAUCGAUUCCGGAGGAAGAAUAUAAUGCCCUUCAAAUCGUCCGCGCUUAUUUCUUUGGGGCUCUGUUGAGCUCUUCCCCUUUCUUUUUCCGCCCUGCGAUUCUACCUUCUCUCAUUGUUAACGAUCUUUAUACUAUGAGGGGGAUCUCGCCGUGCCUGCUGCUCGUUUCUUGCCUUCUGCUUCCCUCAAUUUCUGAUAGUCAAGGUCUUAACAUAUUCAAGAGGAGACUCUUGUCAAAUUUAUUUUGAUCUGCUAUAUUCAAGAACAUUUUCCUCAUCAGCAUUUCUGAAAUUUUAAAGUAAUUUCAGGAACGUUUUCAUCCAUGACUGUUAUUCUUAGCUCAGUUGUAUUCUUCAACAUUCAUGAAUUGCUGUCUUCAAAACCAACCAUUUAUUUCCAGUGUCAAGCAGAGAACAAGAUCAUUUUGCUAGAUGUGAUAGAAAAGCACUUUCUUUACAAGUUCAAGGGUGUAGAAUCAUGGCAGCCUUUAGCAGAACUUCCAGAUAAAAAAUGCAAACGAUGUGGAUUUUAUGAACUGAAUAGGGAGAAGUCUGAUGAUGUGUUUGAUGAGUGGGAUCUUUGUCCUGAUGAAUUUCUUGCUGGAAACUAUGUUCAUUAUAAGGAGAAGGAAUUUAAUGCCUCAUUUACAUGCACAAAUUGUGCAGCUACUGUUGGUUAUGCUAACCCUAACCAAAAGAGUAGUUCAGUAGAUAAGAACUUAAACCUAGCUUUGGCUAUACUUCUUGGUGUCUUGACUUCUUUUGUGACUUCUGUUGCAACUUAUGGGAUGUAUAAAUACUGGCAGAAGUGGAAGAGAGAACAGAACCAGGCAAGAUUCCUUAAACUAUUUGAUGAGGGUGAUGGCCUUGAGGAUGAAUUGGAGCUAGACUUUUGAAAAUUGCUGAGCAUAACAAGCUGAGGAUUCUGAAGCACUUAAUGCUGUUGACUUUUAAAAAGGAAAAAAGUUCUGCCCAAAAAUAUUAGCACAUUAUAUCUUGAGAAGUAAUAAAAAAUUCAAGAUUUAAGUGGGCCGCCCAGGAAAUUACAAUAGUAUUAACAUGCAAAAAACUUAACCGGGAAACCUAUAACCAGACUUUGUAAGGUGCUCGUGAAUGCAUUCAGUAUUUUUAACUACAUUAUCAGCUGAGAGGAAGGUCUUCCUUUAAAGGGAAUUUGCAGUGAAUAUGGCAUAAUAGAUAUAAAUUGAGAUUCAUUGCAACUUGCUCACUAAACUUCUAUAUGGCAGUGUUGGAUUAUCUCCAAGUAAGUAUAUGCAUACCAAUCUUUCUAUGUAGUAUAUAUUAAAGUUUCAGUUAUAUUUAUUAAGUUUUUUGGUUGGACAAAAAUGCCUGCCCAAGUUUUAAUCGGGCACAGGUGUAAUCUUUAUGUUUUCAAUCUCUAAGUAACUGUCAAUUUUAUCCU